AUGGGUCCUGACUCAACUGCCGACGAAAUAAGGGAAGCAUUUCAUAUUUUAGAUGCUGAUGGUUCAGGUCAACUUGAUGUGAAUGAAUUAGCUAAGGUGAUACCUGCUAUUAUGCCUAGUGCAACUUUAGAUACUCUUCCUACGAUGAUUCGUCGUUAUGACAAAAAUUAUGAUAAUCAACUCAAUUUGAAUGAAUUUACCAGACUUGUCAGGGGUGGUAUUGGGCGAGACAUUGUCUACAGAGACGUUAUUAUGAUUGAGUAUGAUUAG